AAUCUUAAUAUGCUACUUCACGAGGAAGAAACGUCUGUCUUUUAAGCUCCCUGGAACAACCGGGAUCUAGUUCCUCAUUUCAAUCAGGAAAUCUCUUUCUGAACCAAACUGCUAAGACAGAGUAUCUGAGUAGCACGUUUUACUUGCGUACAGCAGCGUUGGUUCAUUUUGGAGUGUUUUUGGACAGGAAAUCGAUCUACAGGGUAACUUUCACACAAGAAAGGAAACAGUAUGGGACGAUGGCUUGUACGUACAAGUGACUCUGUUUGGGAUAUUACGGACAAGAAACCUUGGUGGAAGAACGGCAUUCAAGAUCAAAAGCAUGAUGACUCCUGAUGAAAACAUCCCCAAAUGAUGAACCCACAAGCAAAAAGGAACUUCUACUUGGCGGCACCUGACUUGCUGGACCCUAAAUCUGCCGCUCAGAACUCCAAACCGAGGCUCUCGUUUUCCACGAAACCCACAGUGCUUGCUUCCCGGGUGGAGAGUGACACGACCAUUAAUGUUAUGAAAUGGAAGACGGUCUCCACGAUUUUCCUGGUGGUUGUCCUCUAUCUGAUCAUCGGAGCCACCGUGUUCAAAACCUUGGAGCAGCCUCAUGAGAUUUCACAGAGGACCACCAUUGUGAUCCAGAAGCAAACAUUCAUUUCCCAACACUCCUGUGUCAAUUCGACUGAGCUGGACGAACUCAUCCAGCAAAUAGUGGCAGCAAUAAAUGCAGGGAUUAUACCUUUAGGAAACACCUCCAAUCAAAUCAGUCACUGGGAUUUGGGAAGUUCCUUCUUCUUUGCUGGCACUGUUAUAACAACUAUAGGAUUUGGAAAUAUCUCACCACGCACAGAAGGGGGAAAAAUAUUCUGUAUCAUCUAUGCCUUACUGGGAAUUCCCCUUUUUGGUUUUUUGUUGGCUGGAGUUGGUGAUCAACUAGGGACCAUAUUUGGAAAAGGAAUUGCAAAAGUGGAAGAUACAUUUAUUAAGUGGAAUGUUAGUCAGACCAAGAUUCGCAUCAUCUCAACGAUCAUCUUUAUACUGUUUGGCUGCGUACUCUUUGUUGCCCUGCCCGCGAUCAUAUUCAAGCACAUAGAAGGCUGGAGUGCCCUGGAUGCCAUUUAUUUUGUGGUCAUCACUCUAACCACCAUUGGAUUUGGUGACUACGUGGCAGGUGGAUCAGAUAUCGAAUACCUGGACUUCUACAAGCCUGUCGUCUGGUUUUGGAUCCUGGUAGGACUUGCUUACUUUGCUGCUGUCCUCAGCAUGAUCGGAGACUGGCUCCGAGUGAUCUCCAAAAAGACAAAGGAAGAGGUGGGAGAGUUCAGAGCCCAUGCCGCUGAGUGGACGGCCAACGUCACGGCCGAGUUCAAGGAGACCAGGAGGCGCCUGAGCGUGGAGAUCUACGACAAGUUCCAGCGCGCCACCUCCAUCAAGCGGAAGCUGUCCGCGGAGCUUGCAGGCAACCACAACCAAGAGCUGACCCCUUGCAGGAGGACCCUGUCUGUGAAUCACCUCGCCAGCGAGAGGGAUGUCUUGCCUCCCUUACUGAAAACUGAGAGUAUCUAUUUGAACGGACUGACGCCACACUGUGCAGGCGAGGAAAUUGCUGUUAUCGAGAACAUUAAAUAACCCUCUCUUUGAAGAACCUUAGGCAUAGCCAUAGGUGAGGACUUCUAUAUGCUCUUUAUGACUGUUGCUGGUAGCAUUUUUUAAAUUGUGCAUGAGCUCCAAAGGGGGGAAAAAUAAUAGAUAACACCCAUCACGGCCAUCUACCAUCGAGAGAAUUUGGAAUUCUGAGCCAGCACUAUCUUUUCGAUGAUGCUUGUUGAGCGGGUCCACUUUCCUCGGCAAGUGGAAUGAAACAAGCAAUGUCUGAUGCCUUUUUGUGCCCAGACUGUUUUCCUCCCUCUUUUCGUAACGUGCCAUAAGGCCUCAGAAUGAAUUCUAAUUGUUUCUGGUAAUCAUGUAGCUUCGAGGGAUCAGUCCUUAACUUUUCAGGGUCUACCUAACUGAGCCUAGAUACGGACCAUUUAUGGAUGACGACGUUUCUUUUUGUAAAUGGCAAGAGAUUCUUAUGCAGCCUUUUACCUAAGAAAUUAUCUGUCAGUGCCUUAUCUUCCGAAGAAACAGAACCUCUCUAGCUAAUGUGUGGUUUCUCCUUCCCAGCCCCACCCCUAGGCUCACCUCUGCAACCCUUUAUCCCACAACUCCCGUUCGAACACCAUACCUUGCUGGGAACAGUGUGUACACUGAAAUGAUGAUGCCCGAAGAAGGAAUAGAUGCCAAAUUAGAUGGACAUUGAAGCAACACUCAGAAAUUCUAGCGUUAAAGGCACUGCAAAGAAAUGAGGUGCACAGAUGGCCCCAUAUACACAGUGUAAUUAUUUCCAAUGUGGUAAAAUUGGCUGCUCCAAACAGUCCCUUUUUUUUUCCUGGCAGUAUUUGGAUGUUAUCAUUCAUUCAUCACUACACCUUAAAAGGCAGAAGCAGAA